UAGUGUGUUCAUUAUAGGAAACUUAAUAAGAAUGUGCUACCUCAACAUUGCACUGUAAAAAAAUACAGCAUUUUUAAAUCUUUCAUAGCAUCACCUCAUGAUGCAUUUGUUUUUAGAACCGUAUGAUGUCACAAAGCUAUGUAGAUAUUUUUUCUGAUGAUUCAGUCAGUAGCACUGACCAUGACAAAAAAUUACUUACAGACUGGAUCAUUUAACACACAUUAAAGCCAGAUGGACCAUAGAAGAUGGGCAUCGGCACUCUCACAAGCUCAUGCCUUUGUGAGGAAACAGCUUUGCACACAUAGUUUCUCUGUCUCCUUGUUUCUGGAUGAGCUAGCAAAUGUACCACAAGUCACUGGAUGGCUUUUUUGUAAGGUUCGCUUGCUUGACGGCAGCUUUAAGGAGGUGACAGAGAGUAAUGAAGUGUUUAACAACACUGUUCGAUGGAGGAAGGAGAUUGUGUUUGAACGUGGAGCUACUGUCAACGUAUCAACGGGGGUCCUCGGCAACUGCAUAUGUAGAGUUUCAGUCCGUAAGGACAGAAAAGGAGGAAGAUCUUACAAGAAGGUUGGCUAUGUAGACUUAAAUCUUGUUGAGGUUAUUGGCUGUGGUUAUGUGACUCGACACUGCCUCCUGGAGGGAUACAUGGGCAAGCACAGCAAGUUAGACAACUCAUUUCUUAAGAUCGGAUUGCAGCUGCAACUUCUUCAGGGAGAUCCCUGUUUCAGAGUACUUGCACAACCCCCAGUCCCCACGUUCCCCACAUUCCCCACCCUCACCACAGCCAUACUGAGAGAGGGAUCAGUGUCUCGACUGGAGAGUGAACCCAGGGCUUCAGUUGAGGUCCUGAGAGAUCAGGUAGAGGUCAGUAGAGGGCAAGUAGACGAGGCCUUGGGUCAGAAACUAGAGGAGCAGGAGAGGGCCCUGGUGGCAGAGCACCUUACUCGUCUAGACCAAACCCGCGUGGAUGCCUGGGAGGUGGUGGAGCAGCUGUGCCAUGAGCUGCUUGGAUCUGACUUAGAACUCUCCAAAUCUAUUGAGGAUGCAGGACUAGCACUUUAUGUCAGUGAAGAUGGCUCUACAACUCUGGGUGUUUCUCCUCAAGAGAACAGGGACUCCGAUAAUGUAAUGGAAAAUGUCAUCAUUAUGAAAUAAAAACUCCAAGCAUG